UUCCUCUUUGUCAAGCCUGACAAUUCCAAAAGGACAAGAAUUCUGACGUCACUAUUUAUUAAAACACAACACAACCCUUUUUGUCUCUUCUUUAUAUACUUCAUUUUUUCAGACAAGAACACAACAAAAGAAAUAACGUAAAAACAUCAAGAAAUGGGGAAUUGUCAAGCGGCGGAGGCAGCGACGGUUUUGAUCCAUCACCCGGCGGAGAACAAGGUGGAGAGGAUUUACUGGUCGGUGAAAGCAAGCGACGUCAUGAGAUCCAAUCCCGGUCAUUACGUUGCAGUGGUGGUGACGUCACCGACGUUAAAGAACGAGAAAGGAUCGCCGUUGAAGCAGCUCAAGCUCCUACGUCCUGAUGACACUUUACUCAUCGGGCAUGUUUACCGUCUCGUCAGCUUCGAAGAGGUAUUGAACGAGUUUGCGACGAAGAAAUGUGUGAAGCUUGGGAAGCUAUUGAAAGAAGGAGGAGGGUUUGAGUUGAAGAACAAGAAGAAACAUAGAAAGAAGACGGAUCAGGAAAAGGGUCGGGUCAACCCGAAUUCGGAUCCGGAUCCAAAAGAAGACGGGUCUAAUGUCGCCGGAGAAGACGGUGGAGAAGGGUUAACGAGGCGGAGUCAGGGGAGCAGAAGAGGUGGUGGGUGGAGGCCAGCUUUACAUAGCAUUCCGGAGUUUGUAUCCUCAUGAGAGAACUCUAUGAAAGCAUAGAUAUUUUUAAAAGCACUAUCCGACAACAUUGAAAAGUUAUUAUGUAAAGCGAUGUUGUUAUUAUCAUAGAUGCUUUUAUUGAAGAUCCAGUCUCAAUAAAUAUUUACAACAAACAUUUAACGUUUUAAA